GCAAAAUGGUGAGGUAUCCAAAAAUUAGGAUGCUCAAACAUUUUCAAUGAAAACCUGAACGACGUAAAGGAAUAAACAGCGGUAUUAGAGGGAUUUUCCAUCGUGGUUAAACUGAAUAAAGCACGGUUGAAUCAACAAAAUGGACCCCCGGUAAGCUGAACCGCAAUCACGAUGGACUGGAAGGAGCGACUGCGGAAGGUGAACCUGCGGAGGAAAGGUGUGCUAGAAAGGGACGAGCACGAACCUCAUGCAGGAAGAAGAGUUAGGCCGAAGGCGGUAGCUUCUCGUGCAAGAACGGAAAUCCGAGAUGAUGCGAGCGACCCCGUGCAGCUAGGCACGGACAAUGACAAAGCCAUAGCGCCGUCAACAGCAGCGGGACUGAAGGACGGAAAAGUCGAGGAAGCACAGGAAGAGGCAGCUGACCCAAAAGGGAAACAAGGAUAUGGCUCUGACAAGUAUGCCAUGGACUUCAUUAGGAAAAAGCACCCAGAUGUCGACGAGUGGAAAAAGGAAGCUAGGGACGAAGUAGUGCGGCAAGUCAUAGGACUGUCGAAGCAAAAGAAGAUGGAGCCAGGACCAGCAUUUGACAGGGAGAUGGUGAAAACAGCUUACAGAGGAAGACCAGAGACGUGGGAUCCCAACGGGGUCAAAUAUACGCCAGGAAUGUUCCGGAACAUAGAAAUAGACAAUCAUAUCAUCCAGAAACAAAUAGAUGCACUGAAAGCAGAAGUGACUGAUAAAAACCCCAAAGAAGGUGAAGGUAGAAGAAAGUAAGCACAUGGAUCCCCGCGAAUGCAGGUCACUAGCAAUGAAAAGAAGAACAAAUAAAUAAGCACGUGUGAAAGACAGCUUGACAACAUGAAGAGAAGGGGUAUCAAAUGGUGGUUGUCUUAUAAGGCCAGCCCUGUCGCAUUUGAUUUCUCAUGGUCCUGGAAAGCACGA